AUGGCUGCACCUAUUGAAUAUCUCUCUGCUGAAGACGAAUCUGUCUGUCUGAGAUGUCAUGACACCAAGGCGGUGUUAAUCACCAGAAAGGAAAAGUUUUGUACCAAAUGUUUUGCUCGAUUUGUCAGAAGUAAGCAAAGAAAACUGAUGCCUGAUGAUAAGUACAAGGUCAAAUACGGGCCACGAGCAGAAGAUGCACUUCCAAAAGUGCUUGUGACUGUUUCGUUGGGUUCGUCUUCCUUGGUUAUGCUAGACGUGAUGAUAUCAUUACUUCAAGAACAAGCAGAAAUGCACAAGGGGAAGCAAGGUUUUGAGAUUGUGGUAUUAAACAUAGAUCAGAGUAAGACCAUGUUACUUGAAAAACAUGCAAAGUCUAUCAUGCCACAUUUGGAGCAAUUCUGGCCGGUUAAGUUCACCCACAAAUGUUUAAGUGUAGACUCGUACAUUAUUGAUCAAGAAUUACUUCAAAGAAUUACCUUGUAUCCGGACUUUACUGCCAUGGCAUCUAACACCAACUUGUCAUCAGAAAUAACCCUUACUGAGUUGUUGAAAAGAUGUCCAAAUAAGUCUUCUGCUGAAGAUCUCUUGACCAUAGUUUAUGAUGAACUUAUUCUUCGUACUGCUCAUGUGGAAAAGUGUGAAACCAUCUUGUAUGGUCAUAACAUGACUCGUAUUGCCAAUGAAAUCAUUGCAUUGACCGUCAAGGGUAGAGGUUCAUCUAUCCAUGAAAAGAUUUCAGACAGAACCACCGUGUACCGUUCCAAUGAUUAUAAAAUAAUAUAUCCACUCAGAGAUGUGUUACAAGCAGAAGUUGACGCUUAUGCUAAGCUAAUGAACCUUGAUCAAUUCAUUGUGAGGUCAACCAUCCCACAAUCGAAAAUAAAUCGUAACAUGACCAUCAGAGAACUUACCACACAAUAUUUUAACAUGCUUGAUGCCACUGGGUAUGCAUCUACAGCCUCCACUGUGGUGAAAACUGGUGAUAAGCUUGGACCACCUAAAUUCCAAGAAGUGUCACAAACUUGUCAAGUAUGUGGCAUUGAAAUCCAUCAAAAUCCAAUCCAUUGGCUCAGACGGAUAACUGUGAAUGAAGCAGCACCUAUUGAAACAGAAGAGGAACUUGAAUAUGUCAAGUUGUAUCAAGAUCUUGUCGGUAAGAAUGAAACUACUGAUGAAACCAAUGGUGAACUGAAGCCUUUACAAAUUUGUUAUGGGUGUACUGUUACCUUGGGAGGUAUAAAGGCUACAGAAGGAUUUGUAUGGCCAGUGAAGGGAAACGAACAACAAGAAAAUGCAGAAAUUUUGAAUGAGUAUAUUCUUACUGAUGAUGAAGAAUGA